AUGCUAGGAGCCCGAAACUUGCGACCGUUGUGUUGCGAUCGAGUGGUGCUGGGUAGCAGGCGGAUCGGGUCGGGCAUUCGAUGUGGUAGCACUGAAACGGCGAAUGUGGCCGAUGAGAUGACGCGGAACACGCUGGACAGCGUGUUGGCGACAUCAGAGAAGCUGUCAUCCAGUGUGCGGCGGUGGCCGCGGCCGCGACGGGCAGCCGCGGCACGCGGGGCCGGGAGCGAGAAGCACAUCGUACUCACGGGGCCGUUCAGCAUGGGGUUGCAGGAGGCAGGUGCAACAGAGCUGCCGCCGCGGCUGGCGCACGGGCUGGAACGCUGCCUGUUCCAGCCGCUGUCGGUGGUGCCGCUCCGGGACCGGCGGUCGGGGGUGUACAACUUCGAGCCCUUCAUCGAGCGGGUGAUCAAGGUGCAGGACUUCGACUUUGAGGCCAUCGCAGACUUCGUGCCGCCCUCGCGGGACCUGCGACUGCUGGAGCGCGCCAAGGAAGGGCAAGCACGGUAUGUAUCGUCAACCAGUGCGAUGUCUGGUGUGCUGUCGCACCUGCAUUAUCUGCUAUCCAACUUCCGGCCUCUGAAUGGUCGGCACCUGUCUGCGACGCUGCUGCGGAAAGACGCCCAGGUGACGAAGUGCUGCAAGAUGACGUCGUCAAUGCUGCUGCAGCGCCGGUCGCAGGCCCCCCCAAUUUUCAGCUUGAGCUCAGACUCUUCUGCAGACCGCGAGAUCAUUCUGUCGCAGCUGGGCCAUGCCCUUGAGGCGCUGCUGACGACGGACCAGGCUGACUUUGCGAGAAUUUACGACAAGGGUAAGAGGGCGCAACCAGGAUCUCAACCGUUGGGAAAGGGCCAUGCUACAUCCGCCUUUCGGUUCAACAAGCAUGGUCGGUUUUUGCUUCGAUCUCAAUUGGAUGCACACGACCCUAAGCUCCCUGGCACAGGCGUGUUCGAUCUGAAAACCCGUGCGGUAGCGGCAGUACGACAUGACUUGGACUAUGUCAGCCAAAAUGGUAACACCACGGGGUACCAGCUGAUGCGACGUUCCGGGCAGUUUGAGUCAUACGAGAGAGAGAUAUCCGAGCUCGUCAGAAACGCUAUGCUCAAGUACUCAUUUCAGGCGCGCAUAGGCGCUAUGGACGGUAUAUUUGUCGCCUAUCACAAUAUCUCUAGGAUAUUUGGCUUUCAGUAUAUACCGCUCGAGGAAAUGGACUAUAUCAUCCAUUCUUCGGCUGACAGGGCGGCGGCGAUGAGCUUGACAAGAAGAGAGUCUGCUCUACAAGAGCUUUUUAAUCCUGUUGAGUACGUCACCAGAUAUCGCUUUGAGAAUACGGCGAGAGAAACAGCCUCGACGCUUGCUCAGGCAGAGUUUAACUAUUCGAUGCGAAUUCUUGAGCAUCUGUUUGAUGAGAUCACCUCAUAUUUCCCGGAAUCUGUGCCUACCGUAAGAAUAAUGCUAAAGACUGUUGAACAUAAGGAUAAACCUCCCUCCAUGGUGGCCAUCGCUACCCCAUUGGAUACAAAGCAGUCAGAACAGUUAGAGAAAUUCAACCUGCAAAGGGAAUUCUUAAACAGUGACCCAGUAUCCUUCACACGCCACGUAAACGAACUCCAUGACUUCUAUCAUAGUGUUAUGCCUGGUAGUGUCAAGUUUACAGUGUCGGUAAAACAUAGCAUGUCGCAGGAUCAAAAACCUGUCUGGACAAGAUCAUCGGCCUUUUUCAAGCGGAAUAAGGCUGACCAACAAAAGCUAAUGGAUGCGGCUUCCAGUGACUAUUAUGGGCCACAUUGGAAGCAUCCCUAUUUUUUCAGUCCUGAAGACGUGAGCCGUUGGAAUAUACGCGUAUCUAUAUCGAAUCCAGUUGCUGCCAACGCUCGAGAAUAUGCGCAACUGCUACAGGACGAUAUUGCAUUCUUGGACGGUCAGGCCGUUGUCAAGAAGAAAGAGACUAUUUCUAAUGGCAAGCACGGGAAGAUGGCAACAGCUGCGAAGGGUAGUCAGCUCGAUCAAGUAUCCCAACUACAAGCGCUGUUAAGGGCAUUCGGUAUAAAAGGCCAGAAAGACGAACAAGUUACAAUGGAGCGCGACCGGCGCUCGAAGAACAAGUACCUGUUAAUGUGGGAUGGCCAAAAACGGCAACGUGUUACGACGGACCCGAAGGAUCUCACGCGAUGA